ACUUUCUCCAGACAGUAAAUAACGACAAUUUACGAAUUACAACAAAGCAACAAAUCAACCCGAAGACUUCAAUAUAAUUACAUUACGUGACUUCUUUCUGACCUUAAUAACAUUUAAGUCAACGUGAAAGUUUUUCCUCACAUACCCUAAUUUUUAUGACCUGAAAAUUGGAGAAUUCCAGUAGAAUUCCGGCCAAAACUCCACUCGAUGGCCAUCGCCGACCACCACAAGCCACAUAAUUCCGACGGAAAGCUCUGGAAGCUUUGUCCUUUUUGGCAAUCAGGAACUAUCUCUUCAUCUUCUUCGUCUACACAGAAUCUUCACUCUCAGAAUCACAGCCACCAAAACGGCGUCGGAUCAAAUAUCUCUCGCUCUUCUACGUCUGUUACCUCCGUUGCCAGAUCACUGCUUCCGGCUCGGCGUAGGCUUCGGCUCGAUCCAGCUAACAAUCUCUACUUUCCUUAUGAACCGGGAAAGCAGGUGAAGAGUGCUGUAAAGAUUAAGAACACUAGCAAAUCUUAUGUCGCAUUUAAGUUUCAAACUACUGCACCAAAGAGCUGCUACAUGCGACCUCCUGGAGGCAUUCUCGAACCUGGUGAAAGCGUUAUUGCCACUGUCUUCAAGUUUGUCGAGCACCCUGAGAACAACGAAAAGCCUGUAGAUCAAAAGAGCAAGGUAAAGUUCAAGAUCAUGAGCUUGAAGGUUAAAGAAGGAACGGAUUACGUACCUGAGUUGUUUGAUGAACAAAAGGAUCAAGUGACUAUUGAACGUGUCCUACGGGUGGUGUUCUUGGACCCGGAACGCCCUUCUCCGGCACUGGAAAAGCUAAAACGUCAGUUGGCUGAAGCAGAGGCAGCAUUAGAAUCUCGCAAGAAACCUCCAGUUGAAACUGGACCAAAAGUUGUGGGAGAAGGUCUAGUAAUAGAUGAAUGGAAGGAGCGAAGGGAGAAGUACCUAGCUCGGCAGCAGGUUGAGGCUGUUGAUUCAGUGUAAAGCACUAGCGGAUUUUAAUGCAAGUGCCUCUUUUGCCAAAAUUGAAAUGUUAAACCAGAUCCAUCCCUUUUCUGCUUUGGUUCUUUCGAAGGAUGGUGGAGAAAAGGGCAGUGCGGUGCUUCUUGUAAAGAAAAAUAAUCCGUGGAGGUUUAGUUUCCCUUUCAUGGGGGUAAAAGUUUGUUAUGUGAUCGUUUGGCUGUUUUCUUGUAGAUAUUGCAUUUCUUUUUGCUAAAAACAUAUUUUUUUGGUGCCAUAAAAACAUAAAACUGAGUACUGCUCAUGUAGCGGCUAUGCUACCGAAUGCUUCUUGUAUGAGUUUCCCAGAGAGACAGAAACUAUAGUGUUCCUUAAUAUGGUAGGUAGUCUACAUUUAACUUCAUAGGAACUAUUGAGAGCUUAAAGUUGGAAA